AUGUCAGUAAAGGCUGAAGAUUUGAAAAUUUCUGAAUCUGUUGAAGAUUCUAAUGGUAAACCAAAACCACAAAAAAGGAAGAAGAAGAAAGUAGAAAUGGCUUGUGUUUAUUGUAGAAGGUCUCAUAUGAUUUGUGAUGAUUCAAGGCCUUGUCAAAGAUGUAUAAAAAGAGGUAUCGGACAUUUAUGUUACGAUGAGCCAACCAAUUCAAGACAAAGAAAGAAAGCUCAGUCUUUGGCUAAAAGUUCUUCUUCUCCAGUUGGGUCAGCCGAAUCUCCACCAUUACAACCUCAACAUUCAUCAUCAUUUCAAUCGAAUCAGUUUGAUAACAAUAUGGUGUCUUCCAAUUUAGGUUUACAAAACAUGUCUCCUAGUCAAUCAUCACCUCCACAAUCUAAUGUUUUGCAACCCACACAACAAAUGACCCAAGGGUCACCUAUUCAGACAUCAAACAAAUUGGUGAAUAAAUCAGUUUUAUCACAAACCAUGCCAUUCAACCCAGAACCAUUCUUUUACUCAGAGCAUGCUGGCAGUGAAUUCAGUUCGUUGAAUGAUUUCUUAUCUAUGAUUGAUGAUCCAGAUUUGGUUAACGGUGCAUUGAAUGAUGACACUCCUACUAAUGAUCCUUUGUUGAAUUUUGGUAUUCCUACGGAUAACAUAACACAAAAUUCAAAAGACCAAAAUCUCAAUAAUAUAUUGUCAUUUUCACCAAGCAUAUCACAGUUUGGUCAAUUCAAAGCUCCUAACACUAAAGAACAAAUGACCAACACUGAGAGACCUUACAUAUCACAACCUGUGCAACAAACUCCAGUUCAAAUUCAACCUCCCGCUGUAGAGCAAGAAUCUCAACCUCCUCAAGAUGGUGAUAAAAGUUUCGAUGAACCACAUCAACCGGUAAUUUCAGAUUCCGCUAGGGAUAAGUUCUUCCUUACGGCAGCAGAUCCAACUACAGAAAUAUCUCCAGAAGAAAGAUUAAAACAAGUCAUUAAAGCGAAAUUGGAAGCUGGUUUAUUACAACCUUAUAAUUAUGCAAAAGGUUAUGCUAGAUUACAAAAUUAUAUGGAUAAUUAUAUGAACAUAACCAGUAGACAAAGAAUUUUGAAGCCAUUGUCAGUGUUUAGACCAGCUUUUAGAGCUAUAGCAAGAACUUUGAAAGAUGUGGAUUUGGUUCUUGUGGAGGAAAGUUUUGAAAGAAUGUUAUUGGAUUAUGAUAGAGUUUUCACAUCAAUGGCUAUACCAGCUUGUUUAUGGAGACGUACCGGGGAAAUUUAUAGAGGAAACAAAGAGUUUGCAUCUUUAGUUGGUGUAACCACAGAUGAUUUAAAAGAUGGGAAAUUAGCUAUCUACGAAUUAAUGAGUGAAGAAAGUGCUGUAAACUUUUGGGAAAAAUAUGGAGCUAUUGCUUUCGAUAAAGGUCAAAAAGCAGUAUUAACUAGUUGUAAUUUAAGGACAAAAGAUGGAAUUAAACGUAAAAGUUGUUGUUUCAGUUUUACUAUCCGUAGAGAUCGAUAUAAUAUUCCAAGUUGUAUAGUUGGAAACUUUAUUCCUAUAGAUCCAUAA